UUCUUCUCUCUUGGAUACCUACUUUUACACUAUCACUACAAUUUUAACAUCUUUUUUUGUGGCUUUUUUUUAUACAUGUCCUAUUUUCAUAUCAUACACAGACUUCAAGAAACAUAAUUAGCAAGCUUAGUCAUAGCAUCAAUUGCGAGCAAGUACUGUUCCCAAUAAUGGGAAUGCGAAAAUUACGCAAGCCCAUGCUAUGUUCAUAAAAGAGGGCCGACAUACAUCACAUUACGCAAAGGAGCCAACUUGGUGAGAUAUGCAUCCUUAAUUAGCAAGGAAUAUAGUAUCGUCGUGCAACAUCCGUCAUCGCGCAAAAAAAAAAGAAAAGUUCUUUUCCAUGACAAUCGCGAUAUUGAAGAUUGACGUCAAAAGAAGGUUUUCAAUAGUCAAUCAGUCAUACUUUGAUAGACUACAUUGCGAUCAUCUCAGAGAGCAACAAGAUGCGGGAUUUUAUGUGCUCAUUAAUGGCCUGGACCACGGCGACAGCACUACUUUGAGACUUCAUAAUUACACUUACAUUUAACUUUAGCGUAUAACAACGCUACAUACGUUUAACAAUUUACUGGAUAUAUUCCAUGUGCAUGAGAGAGUUU